GGGGGAGCAGCAUUAUGUUUUUAGGACGCGGCGAGUGUGACUCUACGAUUGUUUCCUUAAACAAAUAUUUAUUUGUUUUACUGUGGGAGGCAAAGCAUAGCAAGUUGACAAAGUAAACCAAUUAUGUUCUUAUAAUAUGAUUGCCAGAGUGUAAUUUUCUGCACAGAUGAUGCGUUCUUUGCAUUCUCUGUUAUGAAUAGAAAUAGUACUCUUUUCGUUGCUCUAAGUGCAUUUUUCCUACCUUCCAUAGCGUGGCCGUUUUGCUCUGUGCAGACAUACAAAGCUGAAUUAUUGCAGGUGCAGUCGCAGAGUAGAAGGUGUUGUUUCCACAGGACUUCUUGCAAUCAUGUUGCACAUGAACACUUGAAAAGGAGAAAAAUGUUGCAUUGAGCUGAGCAGCUAACUUCUUUGGCUGCUGUUCUGCGUAUUGCAUUAAAUUUGGGACUUUUAUUUAUACAUAUUAGGAGAAUAUUAUACACACACAUACACACACAUAUAUAUAUGUGGACUUUUAUACACAUAAGAAAAAAGUAUAUAUGGACUUCUAUUUAUACAUAUAGGAGUAUAUAUAUACGUACAUAUAUAUGUAUAUAAAUAGACAUAUGUAUCCCCCACCAGUCUGCCAAGCAACAAGCUGUGGCUGUGCAUGAAAGCUGGAGCCUGCUCUUUUCCCCAUGCUGACAAUGAGGACUGGUGGUGAUGCGCACAGGGUAUGGUAGAGGUGUUCUGGGCUUGCUGUCCUGGCCCCUUUGAGAUUCCUUGCUCCAGUGAUGGUCCUGUGGGAAGGUCCCAUCGAUGGACAAGGUGUGUGGGAGGAUGUGACUCUUUCCAGAGGAUGCUUAUGGCUAAAGGGAGGAAAAACGGAGAGUGGAAGCCCCCCAGAAUUGACAGGCUCUCAAAAAAUAUUGCUUACUGCAUGUACUGAGUGGAGAGAUGCUCUGCAUCCUUUGGGGAUGCAAGGUGACAGAGUUCCUAGCAGCCUGGCCCUUAUUUUGGGUAGGGUAAAAGAGAGUCCCGAGAGCAUUCUCAUUGUAUAGGAUGCAGCUUCAGAUGCUUCAGAAAGGGGGCUCUGGAGGGGGUUUUGGAUGCAGGAUGAGGGAGAAGAACGUGCUCUGGCAGCCAUCGCUGCCCCAUUGACUGUAGGCAUGAGAAAAGGAAAACACCGAGCUUCACAGAGCGAGAGAUCUUCCAUUAGGGCACGUUUGGAUAUUACAGAUUAUUUUAGAUUAUUGCCAUUGUAUCCAAACACAGGUUCGAAAGCACACAUAACAAGUAGUUAGUAAGUUUUAGGACUAAGAGAAGAGUGGAAAAUACUUCAGUGUCGAUUUGCUUUUAGGAGACUACCUACGGUGACCUCUGACUAAUUGACCACAUACAUUUUUUUUCCCCUAUGUAGCCAUAAUAAAGCGGCGCUGAGUUUGCUCUGAAGACGUGAAGAAACGUGUUCAUUUGCAUUUGGCUCUAAAGUACGCACAUGAGGCUGAAAUAACCGCUUCGUUUGGAAGGGGGGAAGAAAAAGCAGGGCAAAAACUCUCUUUUUUUUUCCUAUUUUUUUUUUUUUUUAAAGACUGAAGAGUCUUUUCUGACAGCUAGUCAGAGUUAGAAUUAGUUCAAGGAAAUGUUAAUAAUGCACUGCCUGGCUUAAUCCCUUUGAUAUCACCAGGUAUCCUCCUGUUCAUGGGUUAAUUGCUUUAAAAGCGGAGGCAAUAUUCUGAGCGGUGGGCCGCUUCACCUUUUCACAGCUGUUACCAUUGAGUGACAACUAAAUCCCAUGUGUAAGAUGAGGAAGAGCUCAAUCUCCAAUUGGGAGAAAAUUUAUGUAAACCGCAAUCCCUUCAGAAUGUGCGGAAGUCACAGACUUUCUUGAUUUACUCUGCUUUUCCCAGAAAGCUCUAUUGUUCACUUCCCUAAGUCCCAUCAACCCUUUGUAGCAGAAUAUCACAGCGGCAGCAGAUAGCUUGAAAUAUAUAAAUGCUAUCAUAGCUCUGAUUAAUAGCGGCGCUUAUGAGUCAAGUCUGAUAACAGAGCAGCUCUCCACUCAAUUUCAGAUACCGCUAAUGGAAUCUGUCUCCUGCAAUUGUAAUGUGAGAAGGCCUAAUUUGCCAUGGAGCUUGGAGCUGUCACCAGCCGGGGAUUGCGGGGUCAGAUGGGAGCUGCCAGGCUUUCUGGCUCAUAUGCUGGAGGAAUCCUUGCUGCGGGGGUGUUUUCAUUUUCUCGUCUAACAUGGCAGUGGUCCAUCACGGCGGAGGUUUUUAGCUUAAACAAUCUGUUUGUGGGGCUGCUUAUGGCUCUUACCGUGCAUUUUGAGGAGGCAUCCACUGCAAAAGAGAGAUCAAAGAUCGCCAGACUUGGUGCCUUUUGCUGCGGCCUCAGUUUGUGCAACCAGCAUACGAUAGUGCUUUAUAUUGCUUGUAUUGUACCUUGGGUUCUCUUCCUGCUCUUCAGAAAGAUGGAAUUGUCCCUAGGCCAUUUGCUGAAGUUGGGUUUAUGCUUCUUGGCUGGUUUGCUGCCUUAUCUCUAUCUGCCGGCUUCGUCCUACCUCGAUCGAGCCCGUUGGACAUGGGGAGACCAGACGACUUUUCAAGGAUUUUUGACCCACUUUCUCAGGGAGGAAUAUGGGACAUUCAAUCUGGCCAAGUCCGAGUCCGGAUCCAGUAUGAGAGAGAUGUUGGUCUUCCAGCUGGAGCAGAUGAGGUCGGAUCUGUCCCUUCCUGUCCUUGCCCUGGCACUCAUCGCCUGUUUCAGCACAGCACUGCCGAUAAAGCAACAGAAAUCACCUGUGAUUUGUCUCUUCGCUGGAAUGCUCUGUGUUUAUUCACUCUUCUUUGCCUGGAGAGCAAAUUUGGAUGUUACAAAGCCUCUGUUUCUGGGAGUGGUGGAGCGGUUCUGGAUGCAGAGCAAUGUGGCUGUGGCAGUGCUGGCAGGACUGGGGCUGGCUGCUCUCAUGUCCCUCGGAGGUGCUGUGCUGCAGGGCAGCCGGGUGUUGCCAUGGCUGGAGUGGCUUUCUGCUGGGGCUCUCGUUGCUGCUCAAGUUUGGGCCAACUAUAGGGAUUGUGAUCAGAGCAACAAUUACAUUGUUGACAAGUUUGCAAGAAACCUGCUGUCCUCUAUGCCAAUGGGUGCAGUGAUUUUGCUAAGAGGAGACUUACCUGGGAACGCCCUUCGUUACCUGCAUUAUGUUGAAGGAGUGAGGCCAGAUAUCACAUUAGUGGACCAAGAGAUGAUGACUUAUGAAUGGUAUUUACCCAAGCUGGCAAAGCAUUUACCUGGUGUUCAUUUUCCUGGGAACCGGUGGAACCCCGUGGAAGGAAUAUUACCCGAUGGGACACUUGUUUUUAAUCUCCACCAUUUCCUCAAAGCAAAUAAACAUAAAGAAGUGUUUGUCUGCAUAGGUCUUCAUGAAGGGGAUUCGACCUGGAGGAGGAGUUACUCGCUUUGGCCAUGGGGUACCUGUGAAAAGUUGGUUCCUACUGAUGCUGUCUUUGACCCAGGAGAGUGGAUUCGUCUGACAAGAAAUCUCUAUAACUGGACUGAAGAGUAUGGGAGUUUCAAGCCCUCUUCCUGGGAAGCUGUCGCCAAUGAGGAGAUGUGGCAAGCCAGGAUGAAAACAGCUUUCUUUAUAUUUGGCCUUGCAGAAACUGCCAGCGUGCCUGCAGAAAUGAAAUCACAGCUGUACACAUUGGCAUACACUUUGUACAAAGAAAUUGUCAGCUCUCAUCCACAUCACCCAGUGAACUGGCACAAAAACUACGCGAUAGCCUGCGAGAGGAUGUUGCGUCUCCAUCGGGUGGGUGAGGACCCUGAGGUGUUGCUCUCUGAAACCGUUAAACAUUUCCUCCUCUACACCCAGAAAGCAGAGGAUGAUCCCCAGCGGCAGGACAUUCUACAGGCUGUGAACCACCUCCAGAAGGAGCUGCAGGGGCUGAGGGGAAUGAAAGCUGAGCUGAAGCGGCAAGCUGGAUAGCUCCUGUUCCACUGCGCCCCUACUGAGGUGCUGAGGUUUUUGAGGUCCAGAGCUUUGAGUUGGUCAUGGACCAAUGUGAGAAUGUUGGUAAAAGGUGACAAAAAGAGCAGAGGGCUCUGCAGGAACGUGCCGGUGUUUGGGAUCUGAUUGCUGUUGCCAAAUGAACAGUUUGGAUGUGAAGAAAGCUCAUCACAAAAUAAAAUACGAUGUUUCAAGAGGAGAGUUUCCUCCUAAAGGCAGCACUGUGAAAAUCAUUUAGAUUUGUUUAUGGAUGCGCCAUCCUUUAUAGAUGCAAACAUAUGUAUUUUGUCCUUAAACAUUGCUACUGUUGUUGAGCAAAGAGUUUUACUACAUUUCUCCUUA